GAAGAAAUGGAAUGCACUUCCUUGACACGCAUCUAUCGGUCAUUCAACAAUCUGUAGCCGACUGACUGGGCUCGGUCGUUAUUCGUUCACGGAAGUAGUCUUUCUGUCUUUUUGAUUUAUGAUUGUUGGGCUACUUCGGAGCUUGUCUGCGAAAGUUCCAAGCGCUGUGCCUAGGAUUGCUCUCACUAUGAAGCCGCAAGUUAUUUUCGUUCUGGGCGGGCCUGGCGCAGGAAAAGGAACCCAAUGCACUAAAAUUGUGGAGCACUAUGGCUACACUCACCUGUCUGCCGGAGACCUACUGAGAUACGAGCGCAAGCGCCCAGACUCCGAGUUCGGCCAGCUCAUCGACAGCUACAUCAAAGAGGGCAGGAUCGUUCCUGUGGAGAUCACCAUCAACUUACUGAGGAAGGCAAUGGAGAAGACCAUGACGGAAAACGAAAACAAGUUUCGGUUCCUCAUUGACGGUUUUCCCCGGAACCUGGACAACUUCGAAGGUUGGACGAGGGACAUGGAUGGCAAAGCUGAUGUCAAAUUUGUCCUGUUUUUUGACUGCAGUAACGAAGUUUGCAUCGACAGGUGUCUAGAACGUGGAAAAAGCAGCGGCCGGACCGAUGACAACAGAGAGAGUUUGAAUAAAAGGAUCGAGACAUUCCUGCAGUGCACCCGGCCUAUUAUCGAACAGUAUGAGCGGCAAGGCAAAGUGCGCACCAUCGACGCCUCGCACUCCGUGGACGAGGUGUUUAACAACGUGAAGAAAAUUCUUGACAAAGAGGGUUAGUGGUGGACCUGAACCUGUACUGCCAGCAGCUGGAAUCCUCCUGUAUUUUUAUUGAUAUCAGCAACAUUAUUAAUUUACUUCAGUGCUUCUUUUUACCUUAUCUAUGUGCAUUUUUGUUUUGGUGUGUGUCUGCGCAGGUGCGUGUGUGUGUGUGUGUGUGUGUGUGUGUGUACGCGUGGGUGUCUUCUUGGUAGGGGUGCGCUGAUUUGUGAAACGGGGACAUUCUGUUGCUCCACAUCCAUUCUUGCUUAGUUAAAAAAAAAAGCUUGACAAUAACAUUUUAUUUUAGUAAAAUACCAGCUGAACUAGAGCAUUAGGUUCCUGUUUUAAAUGCAGGGUCCUUACAGGAGUGUAUGGUAGUAACUGCACAGUUGCUGGCACUUGAAGCCUUAAGUGUGCUCAACCAGGCGCAAGAGCUUGACAUGCGUAUGGCAUUUCUGCAAAUUUCGGCCUGUUAUCAUUAUCAUUAUAAACCAUAUCAAACAGACACCAUAUACACCAAAUACACACCAAAAGAGGGAGGCCAAAAUCCGAUUGCAGAAAGCUGCUGUGCACAGAUGAUGUAUACACAGUACAUGUAUGUAAGCAGUACACCUACAUGUUGGGUGGCCUGUUGUCGUUCUUAACUUAGGAGCUACUAAAACUAGGCUUUCUAGGUUUAGAAUCAUUAUGGCUUUUGAUUCAUUUUGACUAAAAUGUUUUUCAGCCAUGUCUUUCUCCACCCAGAUUGUAGUCAGUAUCGGUUGUUUAUACUACAACUAAGCUUUAACAUGUAGCUGUGCUUGCAUUGUUAGGGAAGAAAUCCAGUGGUCUAAUUGCAUGUACAGAUGUUGCAGUAAAAAGCUGUCACCUACUCUAAAAACAAUAAACAAUUUUUUUUUUAAUCAUGUUAUAAUUUAGUCUAAAUUAUGUAUUAUGUAUUAAUACAUUAUGUAUGUGUUGCAGUUUUCUACAUAGCACUUAGUAUGCAAUAAGAGUUUUAUUGCAGGUAAUUUAUCGUAAGUAUUAUAUGUCCGAUUUAUUUUCUGAAAAGUCCACAUACACAACCUGAGUUCUCUUUUCUCCCUCAUUAACAGUCACUGUUGUUGCUGUCUGACUAAAUUUGGAAUCAAACAAGCAGUGUAACUUGCUGCAACGGGAAUUAACCAUAAGAAAAACCUAAAUUAACCAUAAGAAAAACCUCAAAAAUGUCAAAGGGUGUUACUGGAUUAGCAGUGAGAUCUGUUAAUAACAUUUUAAACGUUUUAAUGGCAGUCUUAUGUAGACCAAAAGAGGGCAGACUAGGAUACAAAUGCAAAUAGUAAACUGAAAUAUCUCGUGAA